ACUUCCUGUUUAGACAAAGGAAAAAGCUCCGAAUUUAAUUACUGUUUUCUUCAUCAGAUCUCAAAAUACUGUAGUGACAACUAAAUAUAUACAUUCCUUUCACUCUAUAGAGACAUAAUUUGUAUAAAAAUGCCUUGCGGAAGAAAAAGGCCGUUCAUGGUGACAGUUUUUGAAAACUCCAAUUUUCAACUUACGACCGGUUCAAAUGCACGUGUAGAUGUACAUGAUGAAAUACAGACAGUACAUAACCUGAGAGAGGACUGCCCCACACAGAUGGUUUCGACCCUUGAAUAUUGUGAAAAUGGUGUACAAGGAAUACCGCCAGGAUAUAGAGAAGCUGAUCUUCGUUCAACACAGUUACAGAAACGCCACUGCCAAGGCCUUGAGUUUGGCAAUACAUUGCCUACUUUUGCUGGGGAAUGUGAGCAAUUUAUAGGAGAUCAAGAAAUGAUGGUUUGUGAAGAAUACCAACCACAGGAACAAAGAGUUGAAGUGAAUCACCAAUACUCAUGCAACACAUCUCAAAUAGCAAAUAACCCAAGUCCAGCAUGCAAGUUUCCAAUAAACAGCUUUCCACUUGCCGGUCUGAACAAAGCAGCUAAUAACAACUUUAAGCCAUGUGCCCAAUGUCUCGCAGGCCAAGGGGGACAUAUCAAUCAUAUUGUGGAGCGAUAAAAUCAACAAGAACAGGGAUAACAAAGAAUGACGUUGUGCUAGAAUUGGAAUGUUGCCACAUGUAUUUACUCAAGAGAGUUGACUUUUGAGGUUCAUUCAAGGAGAAUACUUUGUCGUAAUCAAACUUGAAGAACUUUUUGUACGUUUUGAUGUGCAGCACACUGUGUACGUUUGAUAAUGUAUUGUCAGAAUUUGAAAGUGAGAGAGUGAAAUUAUGUAUUGUUGGCCUGCUGGUCAUUCUUUCAUUCAAGAGAUCAUGAUACAUAACAAGUAGAAGACAGUUUUUGCAUUGCAAAUUAGAUCUUGAUGUGUUCAUCACAGUGAUAUGUCUGUUUUCUUUAAUGAAGAAAUAUUUUGUUAGGUGGUGCCUUUGUUUUGCUGUAGUAUAUGCCUUUAAUGUCAAGUUGUUUUUGACAGAUCAUGAGAUCUUUAAGGUGUAUAAUUUGUAUUGAUUUUGAUCUCAGACUCAAGUUAUGGCAUUGCUCUAUUGACAGUGCAGUUUAAAGUUGAUCUUAUUUGUUGAUCUUAUUCAGAGCUUUCAAUUACAUGAUUUUGAGCACACCCUGUAUUUGAUAGUUUGGGUUUAUUGGUGGCUGUCAUGUAUUUCAUUAUCUGGGGUUUCAAGAAAGAGGUAGUUUAUGAAUGCUGAGAAAUGGGAAUUUAAUCCUAGAAGGAUAUCAUUAUUCAGCUCAACUGAACUUUCUCCAAAAUGGAUUUGUAAUUGAAAGGCCUGCCUUUUGGAAUUAAAUUGUUGUUUAUAUACGGGUACACAAAAACUUGUAUGAAGCUAAGAUCUCACACAAAAAUAUAUACUUGGAAGGGUUAAAGUUUAUUCUGUUUACAUUUUCAUCGACGAAGAAAGCCAUGAGUGCUCCAAAACCCUAAGUCCAAAAUGUGCACAGUUUCACAUCUGAUAUUUGUUAGCCUUUAAAUUAUAUUUGCCUAGGUGUGGAAAGCCAUGCACAUUAGAGUGCUCCAAAAACUAUAUACCAUUAAUGUGUGCACCGCUUCAUGUUAUAUUUUUAGCAUUGUUUAACAUUGAAAGCCAUUCACUUCACAUUUUAGUACUCCAAAAGCUAAUUACAAAAUGUGCACAGUUUCAUCUUAUAUUUUUAGCCUGUGAAUUAUUUUUGAAUUGAUGUUUUUACACACCUCUGUCACUGCCUCGAUGAG